AUGCGUCGCGCGCGCGCCGAAGACGUCGCCGAGCGCGCGCUGCGAGAGGUCGCGUCGCGCGCGCGCGCGCUGAGCCCGCGAUCGAGGCACGCGGCGAUGCUAAGCGCGUACGACGAGUGGUUCAAGGGGCCGAAUGCGAAACGGCGACGCGGCGAAGCGCUGAGAGACGCGCCGUUCGCGGAGACGGACGCGGACGCGCUCGCGAGGGAGCACAGGUUCGUACGCGACGACGAUGAGGAUGGUCGACGACGGGGGGAGUGGGGGGUGAGAUUGGCGCGAAGGUACCACGACGCGUUGUUCAAGACGUUUGGCGCGGCAACAGCGGCAGCAUUAGCAGCAUCGAGCCAUCGAGCCUCUCGUCGACGUACUCGCGACACAGUCGUCGUAUUCCGAGAGGAGUUUCGCUAUACUUUAGCGGCUAACAGAACGGUUGGCCUUUGA